AUGGCGGGCGGUAAAGACAAAGGUAAACGGACAAUGGAGAUUGACUCUUCCGAUGAGGACAUGGAGGAUGCACAUGAUUUGGACCCUACUGUGCUCUGGUUUGACGACAACAAGGUGAGGAAUGCGGUCUCCGGGAUGCUAACCGGGUACUAUCGACAGCCUUGGAGGAAUUACAGGGAGAAAGAAUUCACGUGGGCACCUCAAUUGACCGAGGAUGUGAAGCACACUUUUGAAAAGAAGCUUGUUACUCGGUUACGUGACAUGUUCUACACAGUCACGCACAAGAUGAGAGGGGCAAAGCCAGGCUGGCUCAUUGAGGAUGUCCACAAGAAAAUGAUGGAUAUUGUUGCCGCCAAUCCAACUUACAAGAAGAGGUCGGCCCAAAACAAGAAGAACAGGAGGGGCGACUCAAUGGAAAAUUCGGUUGAAGCUACCUACUAUCAGGGUUCGAUGUCAGCUGUAAAACAUGCUAAACAAAUGGCGGCGAAGAAUAAAGGCCAGCUCCCAACAUCUCAUGAGCUGCUUAUGAAGAUGCACUUCAAGGAAGUGACUGGGAAAGGCACAAUACCAACCAACACCAAAGCACAGCAUAUUGCGGAGACCUACCAGAAGAAAUUUGAAGAAGCAAGCACCCAAGGGAUUCAGAAGAGUCCAAAUGAGUUGUACUGGGAAAUUGUAGGUGGUCGCAACAAGAAGGGUCGUGUGAAGGGACUUGGCCAAGGUGCAGAGCUGUAUUAUGGCAACAGGAAGGGUUUUAAUUCUUCCUAG